GAAAUUGAAAUUGGAGGCAAACGAAUACAACAUAACCUCACAUUGCCGGAAAUUAAAAGAUUCAUUUACAUCAACCGUGCAAAACCAUACAAAAAAUGGGCGAUUCUAUGGACGUAGACGCACCAAUACCAAGUACAUCAAAACCAGUGAAAGAGGUUCCUCCUGCUCACAAUCUUCCUUGGAUUGAAAAGUAUCGACCACAAACUUUCGCAGACAUCGUUGGCAAUGAGGAUACAAUCAAACGUCUAUCGAUAUUCUCGCAACAAGGAAACGUACCAAACAUUAUUAUAGCGGGACCACCAGGUGUCGGUAAAACAACAACCAUAUUGUGUUUGGCGAAAAUCUUGUUAGGCCCCUCGUUUAAGGACGCAGUCCUGGAAUUAAAUGCGUCAAACGAUCGCGGUAUCGACGUCGUUCGUAACAAAGUGAAAAUGUUUGCCCAACAAAAGGUAACGCUGCCCCCCGGCAGGCAUAAGAUAAUCAUCUUGGACGAGGUCGAUAGUAUGACGGAGGGGGCGCAACAAGCCUUGAGACGAACCAUGGAAAUUUACAGUAACACGACUCGUUUUGCGCUCGCCUGCAAUUACAGCGAGAAGGUCAUCGAAGCCAUACAGUCGCGCUGUGCCAUUUUACGAUAUUCUAAAUUGACAGACGCCCAGGUUCUGGCACGUGUUAUACAAAUUUGUCGUAACGAAAACGUGGAGUACUCGGAGGACGGACUGGAGGCAAUCGUUUUUACGGCGCAGGGCGAUAUGCGGCAGGCGCUUAACAAUCUGCAGUCGACGUGCAACGGUUUCGGGUUCGUUAGCGCGGAGAACGUGUUCAAGGUUUGCGACGAGCCCCAUCCGCUACUUAUUAAAGAUAUGUUAUUGGAGUGCACAAAGGGGGAGAUACGGAAAGCUUAUAAGAUUAUGGCGCACUUGUGGAGUUUGGGCUACGCCGCCGAAGACAUCAUCAAAAACGUCUUCAAGGUGUGCAAAAAUCUCGACGUCGACGAGCCGCUCAAACUGUCGUACAUUAAGGAAAUCGGCAUAACGCACAUGAAAAUCGUUGACGGAUUAACGACGCUCGUACAAAUGUCCGGCCUCUUGGCGAGAUUGUGCAUGAUCGGUCAGGGAAUCGAAUAUAAGUCGUGAAUGUUGUAAUUGAAUAAAGUUUUCUCUCUUAA